CCCCUGGCAGAAUAAUUAUGCUUGAGUCUCUACCUCAGUCUCUAGCUUUACAACCGCCGCCGACAACAACUUCCCCGAUGGUGGACGAACGAGACGAAAGAGAGGACGAAAGAACAAUUUACACUUCGCCACAUCAACACGUAGUAUUCGGAACAACAGCGAUACCAGAAGACGAGUAUGAAGAGGAGCCAAGUUUUGUUGCAUUUGUGGCUGAAAAACCUCUGGAGGUGGCGAAGGUUAGUGCCACCGGCUCCGAGAUCGUCACCCGCGCUACAUCAGC